GAUGCCCGAGGACGUCGACGAAACCGAACUUUCGGAAGAUGAGAGCGAUGAGGCAGAGCCGGAAGACCCUCUGGUCACCCACCUCUUUGAGCAACUCGAGGACAUGCGCCAGAAGUUAUAUCAAGCUGAAAUGCGAUGCGCGGUCAUUGAAAGUGAGACACGGGAAGAGGUCACCCGGGAAAUGGAAGGUCGGAUGCGUGCCAUGGAGCGCAUGUUUAGCGAGCGAGUGAUAUUCGACGCCGAACAAAAUGAAGCAAAGAUCGAUAGCAAAAUCGAUCUGGUCAACCGUGCCAUGAUGAUCUCGACCAAGAGAAUGUCCCAGGAUCAGGACGACAGUGUUGGCGAAGUAGAAGAUCAGCUCAUAAGUUUCGGUCAAGAGUCAAACAUAUUUUUGGAUGACGACCAUUACAUCGACUGUGGAAUAAACGAUCAUGACAGUAACGAGGAGAACACAUUGUCAGACUCAAAGUUGUCGGAGCAAGAAGAAUCUGGAGAUGCUUGCUUUCAGGCGCAGUCUGACGAAUGGGUGCCUAGCGAUGACGGAGCGAAUUCCUCAGAAAGCUCCAUGUCCCGUUCUCGUCCUACCCGCUCAAGGGCUAGGCGUACAUCUUCCGCACAAAGACGAGGAAGAAGCAGCGCUUCCGCAGGGAUCGCAGUCCGUGGUUCUAUUGGAAAGGAGAACAGUGAACGAGCGGUAACCGCAGGUACUAGGCCCUCAUGUGCCCGGAAGACCCCAAUCCUGUGUGUACGGUCUGAAGAUGACGCUUCGUGGAACAGCAUUCUGCAAUUUGAAGCGCCAAACAAACAACCUCAAAACACAUCGAAGCAGCUAAUCACAACCACAGCAAUUACGGAAAGCUCCAAUGGGACCGCAAUGAUGAAGGCGGAGAAGACAGGAGAGGGGUUAGUCAUCCCUCACAACGGGCCACGCGGUGCCAUUAUCUCUGUAAUGGGAGUUGCUCUUGAUGAAGCCG